AUGGGUGUGACUACCUAUACCCAUGAAGUGGCAACUUCAGUUGCAGCUCCUAGGAUGUUCAAGGCUUUGUUUGUGGACUCACACAACCUCCUCCCAAAGGUGAUCCCACAGACCAUCAAGAGCAUUGAAAUUGUUCAGGGUGAUGGUGGUGAUGGGUGCAUCAAGAAGACCAACUACCUUGAAGAUGGUACCUUAAAGUACGGGAAACACAAGUUUGAAGUGGUGGACAUUGAUAACUUGGUGUGCAAGUACUCAUUGAUCCAGGGAGACGUGAUGAUUGACAAAGUUGAAAUCGUUUAUUAUGAGGCGAAGUUUGAAGUUAGUGGCAAUGGUGGGUGUGUUUGCAAGACCACAUGCAAGUUUCACACCAAGGGUGACUAUGCUCUCAAAGAAGAGGAAAUUAAGGAAGGCGUCGACAAGGCCAUGGAACUUUUCAAGGUUGUCGAACAAUACUUGCUUGCAAACCCAAGUGUCUAUGCCUAA